AUGAAUGCUCUCAAGGCAAGCCUAUCUCGCAGCCCUACGGGUCGGGGCUACAGCGCCAUCUCCAACGACUCCAAGGCCGAGCUCAUCACCGCUGGUAGCCAUGCACCUGGUAGCAGGUUCGUGCCGCGGAGAUUGCUCCGGUUGUCGACCAAGGGGCUCUUUCUGCUGGUCUGCACGGUUCUUACUCUGCCAGGCGUCCUCUUCACGAUGCUCUUGAAGGGCCAUGGUCGCUACUAUGGAAGGACUCCAGUGCCCUUCGAUACGCAUCGUCGUCUCCAGAUCAUCCUUCCAUGCAAUGAGCCGAGCACAAACCUGUGCAAGUCAGUAUCAAGCGCCCUCGCGCUGGGCUUCCCCGCGCCCGUCAUUGUCAACUGGGGCAAGGACUACCAGGGCGGAGGGUGGCAUGCUGGCUCCCAUCUCGACAAGAUUAUCGGCACUAUCGACUACCUUGACUGGGCUGUUAGCCCCAAUGCUACAGGCCCCAACGCUCUCAGGGACAGUGACCUCGUUGUCGUCGCUGACUCGACCGACACUUGGUUCCAGCUGCCGGCUGACGUGCUCAUCAAGCGAUACUACGAGGCCAACGAGCAGGCCAAGGAGCGUUACGCAGAGCAGUGGUUGGGCAAGGGGGAAGUGCCCAUGGAGCAAACCAUCAUCGUGUCGACUCAGAAGAAGUGUUUCCCACCCCGUCAGUCCGGUUCAAUCCUCCACUGCGAUUCCCUGCCACAGAGUCCCCUGCGAGAGGACCUGUACGGCAACGUGACUGACAAGGACCCCUUGCGGUACACCAAGAACCGACCGCGCUAUCUUAACAGCGGCAGCAUGAUUGGUCCAGUCGGAGACAUGAGACGGUACUUUCACCGUGUCAGGGCCAGAAUGGAUGAGCUCCAGGCCAAGGGCACCCAUCUCUACAGUGAUCAGGGCAUCUUUGCCGAGAUCCUCGCCGAGCAGGAGAUUUUCCGACAGCAGCUUCGCCGCAGAGAAGAAUGGGACGAUGCCUCUAUCGGCAUGUUCCAGGAGGAGCUCGAAUACCAUGUUGGACUCGACUAUACCCAGAAGCUCUUCAUCCCCACUGUCUUUGAGGAAGAGGAUGGCGAGAUCAUCACCCUCAACAACGAGACUCAUAUCCAAAAGGCUUCCCAGCAGCGUGGUAUCUACCCAGCUCGCCUCCACGGCGUCCCCGACGACAUCAAGAACGCAACAAACCCGCUGCAAUCUCUGGGAGGCGACGAUGCCUUCAACUGGGGCGAGCUCCCUCUCUACGCCGACUACUACACGCGAGCCAUCCCCGUCAUCGUGCACCACAACGCGCACAAGGACGGCGCCAAGGCGCGUCGCUACAAGUGGUGGGAUAGGACUUGGUUCUUCCCUCAUCUCCGGGCGCUCCUCAACGCGCGCAUCGCAGCCGAGAAGCCCUGGCGCCUGUCCACCGUGGAACUUCCCCAGGGAGAGGUGGUAUACACUGCGCUGGAGACGUAUGAUGUGAACCCGAAGCCGAGGUUGUAUAAGCAGGGCCAGGGUAUCGAGGAGGCGAGCUUUGAGGCCGUGUGUAGAUCGUGGUCGCCCGAAGAUGGUGAGAAGAUGUGGUAUGAUGAGAUGUUCCGAGAUCGAAGGGGUCCUUUGUAA